AUGCUGCGGACGCACGGGGCCCGCCUGCCGCCCACCGAUCGCUGGCUGCCAUUCGGCCGCCACUGUCUUCAGCUCUUCCCCGCUGCGCUGAGCCGCAGAUCGGGAGAGCCGGGGCAGGCCCUAGGCCGACCUGUGUCGGUGGGACGAGGGCAAGAUUGGCUGCAACCUACGGGCCAUGACACGGGCGUCAAGGUCUACAACAGUUUAACCAGACGGAAAGACCCUUUAAUAGUGGCCAACGCGGAUGCCGUGUCCUGGUACAGCUGUGGGCCCACUGUAUAUGAUCAUGCUCACCUUGGCCAUGCGAGCUCCUAUGUUAGAUUUGACAUAAUUCGAAGGAUCCUAACCAAGGUUUUUGGAUGCAACAUAGUCAUGGUGAUGGGAAUCACAGAUGUGGAUGAUAAGAUUAUUAGAAGAGCCAGCGAGAUGAAUAUAUCACCCACUUCUCUUGCCAGUUUUUAUGAAGAAGAUUUUAAACUAGAUAUGGCAGCCUUGAAGGUUCUUCCACCCACAGUAUCCUUGAGGGUAACUGAAAAUAUUCCUCAGAUAAUUUCUUUCAUUGAGGGAAUAAUUGCUAAUGGUCAUGCUUAUUCAACGUUGAAAGGCAACGUCUACUUUGAUCUGAAGUCUAGAGGAGACAAGUAUGGCAAACUCGUUGGUGGGGCCCAACAGCCAGUCGGAGAGCCAGUUGAUUCGGACAAACGACAUGCCAGUGAUUUUGCCCUAUGGAAGGCGGCUAAAUCCCAGGAGAUUUUUUGGACAUCGCCUUGGGGAAAUGGCAGGCCUGGCUGGCACAUAGAAUGUUCCACCAUAUCCAGUUUGAUGUUUGGAAGUCAAUUGGAUAUCCAUUCAGGUGGGAUUGAUUUAGCUUUUCCACAUCAUGAAAAUGAGAUUGCCCAGUGUGAAGUCUUCCAUCAAUGCAAGCAAUGGGGAAAUUAUUUUCUGCAUUCUGGACAUUUGCACAUUAAAGGCAAAGAAGAAAAAAUGUCCAAAUCGUUAAAAAACUACAUUACUAUUAAGGACUUCCUAAAGAAGUUUUCACCUGAUGUCUUCCGGCUUUUCUGUAUGCGGAGCAAUUACAGGUCAGCUGUAGACUACAGCGACACCACGAUGCAGGAAGCCCAACAUCUCCUCCUUGGGAUAUCCUCCUUCAUUGCGGACGCACGGGCCUAUAUGAGAGGACAGCUGGUGUGUGCCUCCAUCGGGGAAGAGCAGUUGUGGGAAAGACUAAGCAACACAAAAGUGGCCGUGAAGGCUGCAUUUGCCAAUGACUUGGACACGCCCAGAGCUUUAGAUGCUGUUGUGGACCUCAUUCACCAUGGGAACAGAGAGCUUAAGGCAGUUACUCAGGAAACAGCUGGUCCUCGAAGUCCUGCUGUGUUUGGCGCCAUGGUCUCCUACAUUGAAGAGUUUUUAGACACUGUUGGAAUCUCUCCGGCAAAUCAACAGUGGACUUCAGGAGACAGCAGCACGGCCACUUUGUGCAGCGUGGUGGACGAGCUGGUCCGGUUUCGGCAGACGGUGCGUCAGUACGCCCUGGCCACGCAGGAGGCCUCCCGGGAGGUCCGGCGGCAGCAGCUCCUGGAGAGGCAGCCCCUGCUUCAGGCGUGUGAUGCUCUGCGCAAGGAUCUCAUCAUACACAACAUCAGCAUUAAGGACAGAAGUGGUGCAGCUUCUACAUGGGAACUACUGGAUGAAAGGACGAAAGACCAGAAACCAGGAGACUGA